AUGGAAAAGCGCCACUGCAACUUCACAAUCUGUUAUUGUUGUCAUACUCUUCAAUUUUUGCUUGGAAGCACACCAUUAACACGAAUCAAGAACAUUCAAGAACAUGUAUAUAGAUAUCUAAAUCUAUAUGUAGACCUUCGACUUGUUUUUCCGAGGUACAUUGGUUGGCAGCUCCCCAACAUCUCCCACCUUCGCUUGGGCUUUUACACCGCCGAUAUAUUUGCGCCUGAGCCCACGCAGCAGCGCGACGUGUUGCCGGUGCUGAAGCUGCUGAAGAACGUGCAGCCGGACGUGGUCACUGUGGCCUUGGAUCCGGAAGCCUCGGGGCCGGACACCCAUUACAAGGUGCUUCAAGCAGUGACCUCAGCUUUGCAACAGCACGCAGAAGAAACCAAGAGAGACGACAUCACUGUUUGGGGCUAUCGCAAUGUGUGGUUCCGCUUCGAACCCCACGAGGUCUCGACGAUCAUCCCCGUGUCCCUGCAAACGAUCUCCACGCUGAACCACAUGUUCCUGAACUCCUUCGAGUCGCAACGCCACGCGGAGUUCCCCGCCUAUGAGAUUCAGGGCCCCUUUUGCGCGAUGAGCCAACGAGUGCAGGUGGAACAGUACGACAUCAUUGAGACGUGCUUGGGAUACGAAUGGUUCCACAAGCACCCUUCACCUUUGAUCCGCGCCACACGGGGCCUUGUCUUCCUGCGGGAGAUGAGUGUCGAGCAGCUGUUGGCGGAAUCCCGAGCACUUCGGCAACAGACAGAGAACCUCUCCUGA